GAUUCUAAAUGCAACUCUAAAGAUGCUCCAAUACAAGCCUUUGAUUUCUACAGAAACGCAUUGGUAAGCGUUUUUCUUGGACCAGUUUGUGACUACAGUUUGGCACCAGUUGCCAGAUAUGCGCCGUAUUGGAACAAACCAGUCAUUUCGCCUGGAGGAUUUGCUCAUGAUUUUGGAGUUGGUAAAAGAACUAAUGAUUCGGAAUACAGAACGUUAACCCGAGUAGGUGCGACUUUUAAUUCUUUAGCAAGAACUGUGAUAGGAUUGGUCCAGCAUUACGAGUGG